GAAUCGCACGCUCUACUCACGUGAGAUUUUUUCAUUCUGAUUUUCAUUUCGUAGGGUUUCCAUACCUCGCCACCGUCUGCCGGUCACUACUCAUCGAACAGAACUCUCGAGAAAGCACGAGCGUACCCGAGAAAAAUCAAAAAGCUGUGCCGUUUCCGGCGAAUUCUCCGGCCAAAAGUGGGCAUUCAUCCACUCAUUCCUCACGCUAUUUUUCAAUAUCUGCUGCAAUGCACGCGCCGGUUCUCGUUUUAAAAGACUCUUUAAAGAGGGAGCAGGGAAAUAAGGUUCAACAUGCCAACAUACAUGCUUCAAAGGCUGUUGCUGAUAUAAUUCGCACUACCUUGGGACCUCGGUCAAUGCUGAAGAUGCUACUUGAUGCUACUGGAGGAAUUGUAGUAACCAAUGAUGGAAAUGCUAUACUACGUGAACUGGAUCUGGCACACCCAGCAGCUAAGUCAAUGAUUGAGCUAAGCCGUACACAAGAUGAAGAAGUGGGAGAUGGUACUACCUCUGUUAUUGUUCUAGCUGGUGAGAUGCUCCAUGUUGCGGAAGCCUUUAUUGAUAAGAAUUAUCAUCCAACAGUCAUUUGUCGAGCAUACAACAGAGCUUUAGAAGAUGCUAUUGCUGCUCUGGACAAGAUAGCUGUGCAAAUCGAUGUAAAUGAUCGUAACUAUACAUUUAGAUCCUACGUCAAGCCGGAUCGAGUCAAUCUGAUAGUGGCACAACAGGGAAAAUAA